AUGGGAAGACCAGCAACCAACUCAGCCGGAACGGAAUCACUAACAGUGAUCGACAAUCGAACGGGAAAGAGGAUCGAGGUAGACAUCGAACAGAACUCGAUCCCCGCAACAGCCUUGAAAAAACUAUCGAUCAAGAAGGAAGAUCAUCAAUCGAAUAACAAAGCUUCGUCGAGUCGACCCGAGGAUGAGUUGGAGGCCGGGAUCAGAGUCUAUGAUCCUGGAUUCAUGAAUACGGCGGUCAUUAAGAGUAAGAUCACUUACAUCAAUGGGGCGGCUGGUGAACUUCGAUACAGGGGUUAUCCAAUCGAACAACUGGCUGAAAAGAGCACUUAUCUUGAAGUCUCUUAUCUAUUACUCUACGGAGAAUUGCCGACCAAACAACAAUUCAAUCUGUUCCAAAAUGAAGUCAUGCAUCAUACAUAUGUGCAUGUAGAUUUAGAACAAAUAGUCUCAGCAUUCAGAUAUGAUGCGCAUCCGAUGGCGAUAUUGAUAUCUUCAUUUGGAGCCUUGGGGGCAUUUGCGCCGGAAGCGAACCCGUCCCUACAGGGGCAAAAGUUAUACACCAGGCCAGAGGAGGCCAGUUCGAGGACGGUGAUGGACAAGCAGAUCUUCCGAUUGCUCGGCAAGUCGAUUUCCCUGGCGGCGAUGGCGUACCGGGUCCGGAUGGGCAGAGCCUUCAAUCGGCCGCCCGUCGGCCGCUCGUAUACCGAGACGUUCCUCUACAUGCUCGACUACUUGAACGAGGGCGAAAACUAUCGGCCGAAUCCGGUGAUCGCUAAGGCGCUCGAUGUGCUCUUCAUCUUGCAUGCCGACCAUGAAUUAAAUGCAGGCACGGCGACGAUGUUACAGACCGGAAGCACCUUAGUCGACCCAUACAGUGCCGUUGCCGCCUCGACGGCAGCCCUGUAUGGGCCAUUGCAUGGCGGCGCCAACGAGGCGGUGAUCAGGAUGUUGAUGCGCAUCGGCAGUCCUGCCGCCGUCCCUAACUUCAUCGAACGGGUCAAGGAGAAGAAAGAGGUCCUCAGUGGGUUCGGCCAUCGGGUUUAUAAAACUUCCGAUCCUCGAUCUUUCAUAAUCCGUAAAACCGCAGACGAGGUCUUUGCGGUGACUGGGAAAGAUAAAAUGUUGGAUACGGCGAUCGCUUUACAUGAACAUGCUAUGAAGGACGAAUACUUCCAAUCUAGGAAUCUUUACCCUAAUGUAGAUUUUUGGAGUGGAUUAAUCUACCGAGCCUUAGGCUUCCCGACGGAUUUUUUCCCAGUGUUAUUUGCGGUACCGCGAGUGGUCGGAUGGCUAGCGCAUUGGAAGCAAAUGCAACACCAAGCCGGCGGAGUGAAGAUCUGGCGUCCCAGACAAGUCUAUGUGGGCGAAGGGAUCCGCGAUUAUGUGGAGAUUGGGGAUCGACAGGUCGCCGGUAAAAGUGCUCAGGAGCCGAGUAAGGUCGAGCAUGUCUUCUCUGGUAGACAUUUCUUGGCUAGUUGGAACGGCAAAAGUUCGCCUAAACUUUAG